UGAAGUUGUCCAAUUUUUUUUCGCAUUACAACUAGUAGCCCGUGAAUCGUCAAAACGGAUUGUGCUUGAUUCUCUUUAGCAUAUCAAGUGACUUUAUACCAACGAUUGAGAAAAGUUUUGAAAGAAAUAGCUUUUUUCCCAGCCCUGCUUUGCCUUUUCUGGUGGCCUAAGUGUUGUUUUGAGUUUUUUUGUUGACAAGUGUUGGCGGCCAUAUUGCUGGCUUCCCACUCUUCAGUAGACGCCCAGAGCAUAUACAACACAGCAGCGGGGGCGGUGUGCCAACCACUCAUACACCAAGAAAAAAAAGAAGCCGAAGAAAGAUCAAGAACAGUUUUGCUUCAUUGAUUGGAUCCACAAGUUGAAUGCAACAACGAAUCUCUCAGGAUUAGUUUCGUUUUUUGGCCUUAACUUUGUUCAUCAACUUCUUGUUUGUGCCUCAACAGCUUGUGUUGUUUUUUUCUAUCCUGCUUCCCCAGACAGCCUCCAGUUUGACAUUUUGCACAUUGGCUAACAGUUUAGAUCUCGCGUUGUGAUUUGUCAUUGCUUUUUGGCCGUGUCCCAGACUUUUUGUCUGUUGAGGAAUCUGUUUCCACUGUGUUACACUUGUCAAUGUGUCAUUACAUGCUAUGGGUGCAGCCAUAGUGCCUAGUGGAUGAGUGAUAUCUCGAUGAAAGUAUGGAUAACACGCUGACCAGUUUGGAAGAGAGGUUGAACGAGCCGAACUGGUCCGGAUUCCAAGGAGGUGCGCCACAGCUGCAGUGGAUCCCUGCUCCGUCGCAAUACGGCACGUCGUCAAUCAACGGCGGCCUGAUUGGCGGCAGUAGUAACAACAGUAGUAAUAACGCCAGCCAUUCCAAUCCGCCGUCGCGGGUGGUGGUUAUCAACCGAGACGAUAGAGGGUUCGGUUUCGUCGUGGCCGGUGACAAUCCCGUCUUCGUUCAAACCGUUCGUGAAGGCGGAGCCGCUGAGCGAGCCGGCAUUUUUAAGGAUGAUAUUAUUAUCAAGGUUAACGGAUCGUGGGUGACCCAGUCGAACCACGCCGAGGUCGUCGAUUUGAUUAGAGCGGGUGGAUCGAGUGUUGCUCUCACUGUGAUAUCGCCCGUCUACGGAUCAAGCAACGGGUCCGGCGUCCCGACUCACUACAACUCGCCGUACGCUAUGCCUUCACUUUAUCCGUCGUCAAGUCCGUCGGGUUCGCAGGCACCUCCGCCUCCGCCACCACCUCCCAUCAUGACGACAACUCCGACGUCAAGAGGAUUGCAUCAUCAGCCUUCGAUGCGAGGCGGAAUCACUAGUCCACAGCCUGUCGGGCACGAACAACAGCGCGUCGUCGAGUUGGAGCGUCUCAACACGUUCAAGUUGAUGCUGGAGAAGGAAGCCCAGUUUGUGGAGACGAAGAGAGGUGAUUUGGCGCGCGGAUACAACCCUGCCGUAGCCAUCGAGUUGGCCAGCGCCGAAAAGCGCGUCCGAGAGCUCCAACAGAAAUACAACCAGAUGGCAAACCGACUUGGACUGCCCACCUCGGAAAGUCAACCGCUACUGUUGUCGUCGGCUCAACGCUCUCCGUCGCCGGCCCACCGUCCCCAAUCGGCUCAUUAUCCGGGUGGAGUAUCUGUAGGACGUUCUGGCAGUAGUGGCAGUGGAAGUCGGAUAUCCCAGCGACCACCUGGUGCCGUUGAAGGUGGCGGUUGGGACAAUUUAGGAUGCGACGUCCCUCCGCCAUUGCCAGCCCGUAAUCGCUCAUUGGUCUCGCACAAUUCAUCCCCGUUGAUCCUGUCCCCCAGUCCUGCUCCAACUCCUGGCGAGACACCCUCGUCACCGCCGCCCCCACUUCCACCCCGCAAUCCUUCCACGGCCUCGUCUUCCUCUUGUUCUUCCUCCUCUUCGUCAUCCUCCACAGCCAUGCCGGACUUAGUCCCGUCGGUAAACGGAGCCAGUAAUCAGGAUCAACAUCGAAUUCUGCUGCGCGAUUCGCCCACUAACCAACCUCCUUCGUCCAGCGCUGGCCGACCGAGUACAAGCCCGUUGCCUUCACAUCACCGCACAAAGUCAAGCCCGUUUCCUUUUCCAGUCCAGCCUGUUGCUGCCAGCGCGCCAGACAGUAAGAACAUAAAUUACUCCCGUCGUUUCAGUUCAUCCGAUUCCAUUAGUGAGUUGGAUUUAUCGACCAGACGUGGUGGUGGUGUCAGUGGCAAAGACACGGAUUCCCCCACACACGGCACUCCUCCCGGCACACCUCCGCCGCCUUACAGGCGACCCGUCAGUCCUUUGGCCGAAGAUGGGAAUGGCAGUGAGACGGCGGCGACAGGCUCGUUUCCAGCUGCUCAUCAAGCGGCCUCGCCUUCCGGAGUCGUUUAUGCCGGACAAGAAACCCAGUUAAAUAUUCUGUCGAUGGAAGAGGAUGAAUUUUCUGAUCACGAAUCGGUCAAGGGACAGAUUGACGAUCACGGAGUAUUCAAAACCUUAGCAAAACUAUGGCAGCACAAUGCACACUUGGCCGUCUUCAUGAAUUUUGUCAUGUCUAACUGCGAUCCAGCCAGUUUGUUCUUCCAUUUGAUAACGGAUCUGUACAAAGAGGGCACUGCCAAGGAUAUGAAGAAGUGGGCUUAUGAGAUUCAUUCAACUUACCUCGUUCCUAAUGCGCCUUUGAAAUUAAACAAUGUCGACGAGCACGUCUUGCACGAAAUUGAUGACGCCUUACAAGUGGACAUUGACAAGGAGGAGAUCCUGCGAAAGGUGUUUUUGAAAGCGAGAUCGAAAGCCAAGGAGGAAUUGAAACGGCAUUUAGCCGAGUUUCUAAGUAAACGGACCGUCGGCUUGGCAACCAUAUUUGGUCCGAGCGACGCCGUUCUAGACGAGACGAUCCACGACAAGGCAAAAGAGGUUAAGAUCGUAGAGAGCCUCCUCCUACCUCGGCUAGAGUUGUUGGCGGAGGAUUUGGAAAAUUCCAAUGAUCGAAACCAGGCCAUUGCCUCUUCGUUGGCCACAGUUUUGCAAAAAAACUUUAAUGUCAAGGGGCCACAAGCAACCAGUCAGAUCGAGCGUUGUCCCACAUUUGUGGCAAAGGAAAAAUCAAUCAAGCCCAAAUUCCUCAGUAAAAACAAGAAGCAACUGACUGCCAAGGGCCAUCACUUUGUGGCCCACCAGUAUUUCAGCGUGACACUCUGCAAUCACUGUGGCAACGUCUUGUGGGGCACCAGUCCCCAGGGAUACCAAUGCACAAAUUGCGAGAUGAACAUCCACAAAGGAUGCGUCAAGGUAAUCGAGGAGAGCUGUAUCGGGGCUCUACAUCGCAAGGAUCGUGGUAACGAUCGCAUCAGCAAGAUUGUCGAUCGCUUUCGUCCUGAAAGGGAACUAAAGAGAAAGUUGACCACCCAAGGAUUCGGAGAUAAAAAUUUACGUCGCGCCGACGACUCCCUAGAAGCGUCUGCUACCGGAUCGCUGGAUUCUGAAUCGUCAACAGCAGGUGACAAGCAGAGCGGAUUGGGAUCUAACGGCCGAUCGUUCAAUGACGGCUCGAGAGAUGGAGCACGUGAUCGACGUUCGGGAACUGGAUCGGGAUCCGAUUCGUUUGGAGAGGCUGACAGACGGGCCGGUUACACACCACCGUACGAAGAGGAGCUCGACAGUUCCGGCGCAUCCAACUUCAGUAAAAAGAAAGUCAGCCGUUCGGAGAGUCUGCGUGAACGGGCGCAGAGGAAACAUCGGGAAAAGCGGAAACAUAGCGACCCGAAUCUUCCACCAUCCCAUUCCAGUGACAUGGAUCGAGAAGACCGGAGCCUAUCCAACAACAACUCUGGCAGUUCGUCCAAUUCGAGUCUCUCCACAAGUUUGGAGAGUCCCAGUCCAUCCGACAUCCGCAUUUCGGGUUCCGCCUUAUCAGAUGGAUCGUCAGGGGUAUCUGCCGCCUUGUCCGUGGCCUCAUGCAACGCCGGCGGAUUGCUCACGCCCUGGGACAGUGACCUCGAAGCGGAUCCUGAUCCGCCGGAUUGGACGCGCAAUUUGGAUCCUGACGUUGUAGACAAGAUGACGCCCAAAGAGAAACAACGGCAGGAAGUCGUCAAUGAGCUCUUCCAUACCGAACGGAGUCACGUUCGUAACCUAAAGGUCCUGGACCGGGUGUUCUACCGCCCGCUACUCGACAACGGCUUCAGCGAUCUUGUUAAUCUGCUCUUCCCCAAUUUGCCCGACAUGUUGGAAAUCCACGGACGUUUCAACACACUCAUGAAAGCCCGCAAAAGAGACCAGCCGGCCGUUGAAACUGUUGGUGAUAUCCUGGUUGCCAUGUUUGACGGACCUAAUGGCGAAGCGUUCCAGCAAGCUGCCGCCACCUUCUGCAAGUACCAGUCAGUUGCUUUGGAGAGUUUAAGGGACAGACGCAAGAAAGACUCUAAACUCCAGGCAUUUUUGGCUGAAGCCGAAGGCAAUCCCGUUUGUCGGCGACUUCAGUUGAAAGAUAUCAUCCCGACAGCCAUGCAGCGGUUAACUAAAUAUCCGCUCUUGCUGGAAAGCCUGGCCAAGUACACGCAGCCGCGCAGUGAAGAAAUGACGUUGGUGCGCAGGUGUUUGGAACGGUCUCGCGAAAUCCUCAAUAAAGUCAACCAAGCCAUUAAGGAGGCUGAAAACUACAACCGGCUGGUGGAUAUCCAACGUCGACUGGACAAGUCGGCGUUCGAGAAAUCCGACCACGCCAUAGCUAAUGAACUCAAGGGUUUCUUGGUAUUUCAGAACUUUGAGUUGACAAAGCACCGUCUGAUCUACGAGGGCGCCCUGACGUGGAGGACAAAAGGACAGAAGAAUGUCGAUCUUCACGUCGUCCUCCUGGAGGAGUACAUCCUCUUGCUCCAGAAGCAAGACGACAAGUACGUGCUGAAAUUCCACAGCAUCAACUACCUGAACUCCAAGGAGGAAUCCAAGUGUACACACAGUCCUAUCAUCAAAAUCGCUACAGUUCUCGUUCGGCCGGUGGCUACAGACAAACUUGCUCUGUAUUUGGUCAACACGUCGCCGACAGGAGCUCAGAUUUACGAUCUUGUGGCCGUCUCCAUCGCCGAGAGAAAAGCAUGGUUUCGCCACAUCACUGACGCCACGGAAGCGUACAAAGCACGAGAAGGUCGCAACAGGCGACCGGAUGGAAGCGGGAGUGGCUCUUCCCCGUCGAUGGGAAGCGCCACCCCCAGCCUCAGUUCCUCUUCCAGUUCCGCUCAACUUUUACCGCCACUGCCACAGGCCGCCGAUUCAUCGGAAAAAACCAGUGAGGAGCCGAUCGAGGACAACGUGUCGGCCGAUUCCGGCGUCAGUUUGACGCCCAGUACCAACGAAACUCAGCCGCCGCCAAGCGAGCCAGCGAGUGAACAGCCGCCGCCGCCGCCGCCGCAGCAGCAGCAGCAAUCUCAGCCAACCAACUUGGAGGCGGCCCAAGCCGAAGCCUCUAAGAAACCAGGUGAGAGCGGGACGACGACUCCGGGUAGCGGUUCAACGGCGGCCUCACCGGCGCCACAGCGACGCCUUCAAAGAGUCGAAAUUCUGAAAAUAGCCGAAGGAACGCCGUUAAUCGAUCCCACUGAGGUGGUAGUCUCUCAAGGAGCCGUUCUCAUCGCCGAACCUGUCCUCACUCCAUUAGAAAAGCUGCGGAGAAAAGAUCAGAUGAUCCGAGCUGCUCUGGCGGACAAACAAAGACUCGUGGCCGACAUUCUGCACGUUCCGCACUCUGAGCUGGAUCCAGCAUCAUCCGAGUUGCUGAGCGAAUCGGAAGGCGAGAAAGAAGCUCGAUUGCUAGUCAUGACGGCCAUAGCUCAAGCCACCCAACUCUCAGCUGUACUGAACGACAGUUUGCACGUCACCGAAGAGGAAGCCAUCGCUGCUGUCUCGGCGGAUCCCACGCCAGUCACAUCAUCACCAUCAUCGCCACGCUCGGCUCGGCGGAUCAAUCGAAUGCCGGGCGCUGCAACUACCAAAUUGCUCGCCAUCACGUCCGCUCUCAAUAAGGACCUGACACAGCUCCUGGGUAUCGUCACAAAUCGAGACGAGGAACGCGAUCAGUUGCGUCGUGAAUUACAGAAGACACGUGAUCAGUUGGCCGAACAGUUGGUACUGCAAGUCGUAUCCCAUCCUACGUCCACUUCACGUCCGGUCAGCCACGUUUCCUUAUCGGACUGUGAGGCGACGAUAGAAUCUGAACAGUCAGAGGGCGCCCCUGCGUCUCCGGAAGUCGACAUCCAAGUACCCAGUGGAUGCGAAGGAGAAUCAAAUGAUGGGAACGAGUCACUAGUCGACAAAUCGAUAGUUCCAGUUGAAGCUGAAACGACGUCGCCAGUCACUUCGCCUUUUGACGAGGUCGACAGCGCAAUAAACUCGAACCAGACUUUGAGCGAGGAAGUAGUCGAAAGGAUCGACAUUGGCGAGAAAACAGAAUUGGAAGUUUCCCAGAGUAGUGAAGCUUGAAAAACAUCAUUAUUUUUUCAACAGCUACCAAGAAAAUAAUAAGAAUUUAUCUUCCCAAGUACAUUGUUUUAAGUGGCAUGAAAAAAGCAAAAAAAAAAAAAAAAAAAAAAAAAAGAAGCAAAAAAAAAAACGAAAUAUUCACUUCCAUCUUCUUUCGAUGACCUCAUUCCGCCAUUGAGCGACCUUUGUACAUAUGACGCCAAGAUUCGCUUAAAGUGCAAAAAUUUCAAAAACAAUAAGAGCAUGGAUUUUUUUUUCCUCCCCCCACACACCCCAUACCCUACCCUCCCAGUUGUGAAGAUGUAUUGAAAGAAACGAAAAAUCAAUAAUUAACACGGUGGACGAUUGUUUAACGUGCCAAUCAAGACAUGGAGUCAGUCGGAUCCUGGCGCUAAGGCCGAUCUCUAUUGCAUUCUUUUUUUUCUGUUUUGUUUUAUUUUGUUCCUUAUUUUUCAAAGCUUUCUUCGGCGACUAGCGAACCUCUGGACUCGAAGAAUUUUUCCCCCUCUUUUUUUCCCUGUACAUCUCUCGAUUCGAUGCAGUCGUAUGUCUCUUUAUUCCUCCUUCUUCUUUGUUGUGAAUUGCAAAACCAACUGAUCUAUACCUUAACUUGCAGGAUUGGUUCAUAACAAAUAUACGCGGAGAAGGAAGAAAAAGUUUGUUGUAUCAAAAGACGUGUAGGAGAGAGAUUGAGAGGAACAAAACAAGAGAAUUAUGGCAAGCAACCCUAUAUUCGUCUCAAUGGAAAUAUUUUUAGAAAGUAGAUUCAAAUUGCGAAAGUGGCGCUAGAGACUUAACUUACUUGAUGUAACAACGAGAGAGAUUUGAAAUGCAUAGGAUCAAAUUUAUUUUUCGCGCGAUGGCUCUUUUCUUUUUUGAAAUUUGACUUCCCUUCUUGAUUUAAUAAUUAAAAAAAUAAGAACGUCUUCACUUGUCCCUCCUUCCUGCCAAUUUUGUCUGUGCUCUUGAUUUCCCCCAUCUCUGUCCAAAAUAUCACCCGUUUUGUUUUGUUGUACCGCAGAACUCUUUAAUUAUUAAGGAAACUCCUUUAGGUUUUCUCACCAUUCAUGCAAUACACUUGAAAUAUAUUGAUCCGAUUUCAUUGAAAUAACCGGGAACAAAAUUGAAUCUUUUGUACAUCGAGUACUCUUACUAAUAGUUUUCAGGAUAACCCUUAGAUUGUGUCAACACAAUUACUUUAGUGAUAGUUUAGUAGUUCUUAUGUGUUUCUGCAUGUGACGAAACACACAGCAGGUACACGUAACAACGGAGAACCGCGCUAUUGCGCCGUCACGCCGCUAGAAGCGCUCCGACGGCUGGAACCCUCCCACUUUCCCAUGGCUGGAGUCAACCCAAUUACCCAACCCGUUCCUGACGACUGGAGCUACUACCCCCGACACAUCCUACUACCAGAUCGAAGAAUUCUCCAUCAACUGCGUUUUCAUUGUCGACAAGCAGUGCACGGAGAAUUUAUCCUGAGCUACGUGAAGACAACUUCGAGCAGGCAGUCAGAAUGAAACCAGUGCUAUUGACUGCUCCCAGAUGCAUGCUCAGCUGGUGUUUUGACUUUUGAGUGAGUUGCGAUCUUCUGCCGCAGGAGCGCUAGGAAUCGGGAACAAAAUAUGCGCAGGGUGGCAGAGCAUUGACGUUUGAGCAGGCUGGCUGUUUGGCUGAGCUGGGCUGAGCAUGCUCACCUCAACCCGUGUUACAUUCACAGCCACCUGUUGACACUUGACAGCCAUUACUCAUUAGAUAAUUGUGUUGAGUGGUUGUCAAAAGUUUUCCUAUUUUUCCAUGAAAAUUACCGAUGAAUCAUAAGUUUAUUCAAGUUCGUUUCUGUGCAAAUUGUUUUUGAUGUGAUUUAUUCCGUAUGUGUGCUGGAUUAAAUUCAAAAUUCCUCAAUCUAACCUGUAGGAAAUAACUGGAAAGGAAACAGUAGCAUGUAAGUUGCCUACCAUCACUAACACCAACUCUUGUAUUAAAAAUCUUCGUUCUGCUGAAUGCAUCAUGCAGUUAAUACAGCAUUUUCUAUUGAUCUUGGUAGGUCACUACCCCAGUGUGGACAUGUUUGUUUUUCUGAACAUGUUUUUCAACAAAUAAUUCUUUGACAUACAAGGAAAACUGUGAAAAAUAUCAUAUCAUCUUAGCCAUGGGUAAUCUUCAGGUUUAUUGCAGCAGCUUAAGAGAAGAAUAUGAACAAAUGCAGGGCACAUACCAACAUGUGUUGUAUUUUUCUGAAUUUUAAACACGAGCAGUAGAUUCAACAUGACUAACUGUUUGAUGCCAAAGUUGGUUGGAACUCAACUCACUGUACGUACUCUAACACAGAUAACUGGCGGUGCUGUUGCCUUUCAGCCACAGGCAGGAAAAUUAUUCUUUACUUCAGAAAAUUGGAAAGUUGCUGGAGUAAUCUGGUGGCCAUGCUCAUUUUAUUUUUUUUCAUGCCAGCUAGUGAAAGCCGAAAGGCAUGUCGAAUUCAAUUGAGCUGCUGCGUGCUGUCUCGAAGCAAACAAUCCAGCCAACCGUUACGUUCAGUCAUUUGGAACAGGAAUCUAAUGGCUGUCAAUAGGUGGCUGUGAAUAAGUGGCUGAAAUGAUGUCCACCAGGUGGCGCUAAUGUCUUCAGGGACGCUUAGCUACCAUUUUGUUCCAAGACGCAGCAGAAAUGUGUUGUGGGUUGUGACGUUUCUCACGAUGAAAAUUAAAAGGUGAUUUAGCAUGUGGAAACCAAGUUGCCAAAUCAUUCAACUCAGACUUGGAAGUGCCUGUACAUUUCCGAAAUGGCGUGCCUCGUGUGUCUCGCUGCCUGUUCUUAGACGUACGUCUCAUCCCAUGCAACAGCAAAAAGUAUAACAAACACUUCUUUGACGCUGGUGGUGGUUACCUUGUGGCAGCCAAAUGGUGAAAGGUAUGACGAAGACAGAUUGAACCAUUGUAUGGAGCAUGUGGCUGCAGUUCAAUCCAGAAGUUGCUGUGCUGUUGUAGCUGAGCUGUUCCAUCUGGGUUCCUGACUUAAAAAUUUUUGUGUUGUCGUUUAUGCCAU